GGCAGAUAUAGCGUUGCAAAAAGCAGUCUAAUCUGCAAAAAUUUAGUCGGUCCUCAGGCGACACCAGUCUCUUGCCAAACUCCGAGUCAAUCCAGACAUGGGGCCCCGCCCAUCGAAACGAGCUGGACGCCCUCGUCUGGACGCCAGCAGGGACGCCAUCCUCUCCGCCGAUCGUCGCAGCCAGGUCCGUCGCGCCCAGCGCACAUACCGACUGAAGAAGGAGGCCGCUUUUCGGAAUGCGACCGCCAGAGCCGAACAGCUUCAAGAGAGAAUGCGCACUGCCGCUGAAGAGGUAACCUGGCUGUCCGAGGUCGCCACAGAGGCGCAGCUGCAUCUCUCUCAUCCUGAUAUCUAUGCGAGUCUGAAGCGGCUUUAUGGAAUUGUAAACGCCGAUGAUUAUAGUCCGAUCGAGGCCGGUGGUGCCCCUGCCGAGCCAUCUGCGGAUUCAUCCGAUCAAGUGUCCGUGGUCAGCGCGCAAGUUAAAUCCCCCAGACAAUACCCACCUACCCCUCCUCUGCCAACCAGCCAGCACACCUACGCAUUCCAAGAAGUACGUUUCGCUCGUCGACUACAGCGAUACUCCCUUGAGCAUGCGUUUCGUCUCUACACGGAAUUCCGGUCGGAUCCGCGUGAGAUCCACCGCGUGUUCCGGCUCGUCCCCUGUGUGAGGGAUCGGGGAAAGACGCAGCCGCGCUUCCGGCAGCUGUUGAUGGGCGGACGUACGGACCCUCUGGAGGUACCAGGUCUCCCAUUUUACACCGUCGGCGGCGCGGGUACGCACUUCCCGGAUGUCGAUGAGGAGGGCAAUGCGAUAUACCCGGCCAAUAGUCGGAUGCCACGGCGGGUUUUGGGGAUAUUGCCGUGGCCGGAGCUGGGAAGCAAGGGAGGUGAAGAGGCACUGGAGGUCUAUGGGCUUGGAGGGGAGUGGUUUGAUAGUCGUGAUGUGGAGGGGUAUCUCAGGCUACAUGGGGUGGACGUAAAUGGGGGUUUGUUUCCUACGCUGCACAUACCCAGUGAUGGCGCAGCUGAGAGGGAUCGCACUCGGUCCUUUGUCUUGGACGUCGAGGGUUUUUUCGCACGGCUCCUCUCCGGGCUUGUCAUCCUUGGCCGCGCACCCGGGUUUAGGAAGACAGACGUCCGGCGUGCAUUUAAAGCUUCGGUAAAGAGGGUUGAUCUUAUAUCACCGCCAUCAACGCUGCCUACGCGACCGUCACAGCAGGCCAGCACCUGUGCUCCAUCAGUAGCUGUUUUGUGCAACCCCGGUAGCUCAUCCCAGAACCUCAUCUACCGCGUUGAGUGCAUGCGACACGCAGACCUUCCAAACAAAGGCAUCUCUGUGGGGGUCCAGUCCGGAGAAAAAUCCGAACAGCUAUGCUCAAUUGCAACAGCAGACUUCACUCUGAUGAACUGA